UUCAUUUUGGACUGCUGCCCUGCACUGCACUCGCUUAUUGAUUCCCCUUUUUCUUUUUUAAACCUUGAACCUGCUCCAUAAGAGUGGAGGCUAUGUCUUCUGUGUCAUCAUCUUCUUUAAGCAAGAAGAGCUUAAGCAGCUCUAGUGAUGAUGAUUCUUCUGAUAAGCUUAGGAGAGGCCCAUGGACGCUCGAAGAAGACAAUCUCCUCGUUCAUUACAUUGCUCGUCAUGGCGAGGGUCGAUGGAAUUUGCUUGCAAAAUGUGCAGGUAAUCAAGAAUUAUUAGGAUUGAGAAGAACAGGCAAGAGUUGCAGACUCAGAUGGCUGAAUUAUCUAAAACCAGAUGUUAAGCGUGGAAAUCUUACACCUCAAGAACAGCUCUUGAUUCUUGAUCUCCAUUCAAAGUGGGGUAACAGGUGGUCGAAAAUUGCACAACAUUUACCAGGAAGAACGGACAAUGAAAUCAAGAACUAUUGGAGAACUCGAGUGCAGAAACAAGCAAGGCAUCUGAAAGUAGAUGCCAAUAGCACAGCUUUCCAAGAUAUAAUCAAGUGUUUCUGGAUACCAAGAUUGCUUCAGAAAAUAGAAGGAUCAAGUACUUCAUGUUCAUCGACAUCAACAUCAUCAUCAUCUACCAUUUUAUCCCAGAACCCAACAGUAGUUUCUGAUCAGCCUGUGAAUUAUUCUGCUCAUGAUUUACCAUUCCCAAUACCACCACCACAGCUGCCACAGGAAGUUUCUGGUAAUCUUCAGGGAAAUCUUGACCAUAACUCAGACUCAGAGCAUGGCUCAAAUUCUUGCAUUUCUUCCACGGAAUCAAUGAAUAUCUCACAAAUAUCUCAAUUAUCAGAAUACCCAACUAGUCCUUUUCAUCCCAUCAGCACCUUUCAGAAAGAUUGUUACUAUGUUGAUAGUGGUUGCUAUAACAUGGAAUCCAUGACCCCGGCAACUCUGUCAGUGCCUGCAGGAGUAUUUCAGAACGUGGCGGAAAGCAAUUGGGUUGGGUAUGAUUUCGGAGAUAACAUAUGGAGCAUGGAUGAAUUAAUGGCAAUUUAGGAACUCACUAGAAUUUGGAGAUUUUAGGGUCUCGUUUUUUGGGGAUGAUCCAACAAAAUUACUUAGUGGUCAAGUAUCUCAUGUUGUUAAUUUUAGGAUUAAUUGUGUGUUUGUGUGACAAGUAAUUGUUAAUUUUUGUACCCAAAAAUAUACAACAACUGUGAAUUUCAGGUUUAUAUAUAAGUUUCUUGCUUGAAA